AUGGCAACGUCCCGGAUCGAGGCAGAGGUGACAGGGGCACAGCAUGCUGAACGGACUGCGCGCUUGCGCAAGACUGAGCUGAUGCCCUGUGACUUCGCCUCCAGAAAAGCCACAGCCCAGCGUGAGGAGCGCAGCGAGGGAGGAGGAGCAAGGCCGGGAAGCCCGGGCCGGCACGGCGGGAAGGCGGGCAGGGGUCUGGCCUCUGUGCUUAGGGACCGAGGCACGGGACACUGCGUGGGGAGAGGCUGGCCACGCGGAGCAGUGGGCAAAGGGAGACAGGAGGAGAGGAGAGGAUGA